AUGAGCUUCGUAACAACUGGGCCCGGGGGCUUGCACGAACUCGUGCUACGCCGCGUUCGCGACCUGGGGAACGAAGCCACCAUUCGUCGGGUUAUUGAGGCGACAACCUCGGGAAAAGCGAAUGACUAUGCGCCUUACGCUCCUGAAGGGUCGAAAACGAGCGGUACGCUGCGGCUAUUGCUCGCCGCGAUUUGGAAGAGCUAUCUGCGCAAGCUGCAGACCGACCCGGUGGUGACCAAGUCCAUCUCUGCGGCGAUAAUCUCACUAGUAUCUGACUUGCUCGCCUCUUCCCUUUCGGGUUCGAAACUUAGCUCGCGUUCGCUUCUGAACCAGUUCAGUAUAGGCUUGGCUAUUCGUGGCCCCAUUGUACACUACUUCCAUCAGUUUCUGGACCGUGUGGUGUUUGCGCGUGUCACCAACCAGACCCAAAUCGCAGUGGUCAUCGCAAAGGUCAUUAUCGAUCAGUUCAUUUUCUCGCCACCGUACAACGCGCUUUAUUUCCUUAUCAUUGGACUGCUGGAGGAUCGCUCGCUCGCCGAGAUCGGCCGCAAGAUUCGUCGCGAGCUCUGGGGCGUGAUGAAAACGAACUGGAUUGUCUGGACACCUGCGAACAUCAUUUCGUACUACGCCAUCCCGUUGGAACUGCGGGUGUUAUGGGGUAAUUUGGUGGGUAUUAUUUGGACCGCUAUAUUGAUUUCGAAAGUGCGCCGAGGAGGUGGGAGCAGUUCUACCAGUAACCAGAACAGCGGCGGUAGUGGCAGCGGCGACAUGUCCGCGAACUCGAGCGGUCACGCUCGUAUCGGAUCGUCGGAGCAACCCAAUGAUCAGAGCGGAACGCGUACCUACGCAAAUGCUGCUGCAACGAGAUCGAGUGUAGGCCUCAGGGCUGGCGACGCAUCAGCAGCAUCGGGCAAACAUCGUCAACCUAUUGCCGAGAACACGAACGAUGUUGAGGAAUCAGAACACCUGAAUGACCAUAAUAAGUUUGAAUAG